GCAGCGAAUGCAUGCAUCAUCUAAUCCGCUCGAAAGAAAUAUUCCUGUUCCUUUUUCCCCCUUUUUCUUUUUCUUUUUUUGAGGUAGGCGCCGCUUUAUAGUCCCUAUCUCUCUCCUGCCAGUGGCUCCGUCUCUGUUCUUCUGCGCAGCGGCUCGGAGAAGAGGGAAAGGUCUCUGUAUUUCCUCUGAAAGAGAGGGGGGAGGAAAUGGACAAAGCGCUGAAGAAAGUUGCGAGCUUUUCCAUACCCAAGAAAGCCAAAGAGGAGAUCUCCUCCAUCGGCGAAGAUCUCUCUCGCUUUUCGAGCACUGUGGAGGAGAAGGCCAAGUGGAUCUUUGAAAAGCUGAAAGGCAAACCAUCGAAAUCUCUACCAGAUCUCCUCCGUGAAUAUGGGAUACCACAAGGCCUCUUUCCCAGGAACAUCAUCUGCUACGAGUUUGACGAAUCAAAGUCAAAGUUGAUUGUUCACCUUCCUUCCACCUGUGAGAUCAGCUUCAAAGAUUCUUCUGUGUUAAGGUAUGCGACUCGAGUCAAGGCGACCUUGUCAAGAGGAAAGUUGUCCGGAAUAGAGGGCAUGAAGACGAAAGUCCUGGUCUGGGUCAAAGUUACCCAGGUGAGCCUAGAAAGCUACAAGUCCGACAAGGUCUGCUUCAUGGCUGGUGUGAAGAAACUAAGACCCAAGGAUGCGUAUGACAUGCCUCGCGAUUCUAUCACCGUAGAGGAGUUUUGAUGUGGCUGCAGAUCAUCCUAUGAUUCUUGAUUUAUGAUGUUGGAGGACAUGUUUGUCAUCAUUUACCCAUUGCAAUGGCUGCAAGUAAAACAUAAUUGUUUGACCUUAUCAAAGGAUGCAUAGUUUCAGAUUGUGGAAUUCUGUUUGGUUGAUUUCCUCUCUUCUCAUCCGCUGUUCCUGUAAAUCUUUGGAGCUUAACCUGAAACCAUCGAGGAUUAGAUUCUGAAGUAAGCAGUGUUUGGCAUCUAGAACAGCAAGAUACAUCAAGGAAGAUGUUGUAUUCUGCAUUUCCAUAUGCAUUUGCUGCAAAAGGCUGAAUCAGUGUUUGUCCUAAUCUCAGAAUGGUGAUGAUGGAAUAAUAUAGUCUGUAAAUUACUCAAUA